GGUCAAUGACGUGGUAACUAUCACCCCACCAAUUACAAUCCUUUGCUUUAUUUCCCACACAUAAAAUAACAUUAUUCCCCAACACAAGAAUAGAUUCUCUCUUUAGCUUAGCUCCAAUUCUUGAUUUUAUGGAAUAGCAAAGAAAAAAAAAACAAAAAAGAAAAACUAUCAUUUCUCCCUUCAACAAUAUUUCUUCGCAGCAACAACAACAACAACAACAAAUCAACGAUACAUUUUCAAUGACUAAUCAACGCGAAAAUUUAUCCUUUUUGAUACUAUCCAAGAGUAGUACUCCUAACCCUAACGAUGUCAAGAUCGAGUCACAAAGGCAGAGUUUAGGAAAGAAAAACAAGGUGAAGAGUGAAGAAAACCACGAGUCAAAAUCAACUUUUGACGAAGGGGAUAAAUUCAACGAUGCAGAAGCCACGCAGGACAAACGAUCAGUAGUCGAGGAAUGUGCAAGUGGAUAUAACAAAGGCGAAUCGUAUGUGGAGGAUAAUGGACGUGAGAGAUUGAAAAGACAUCGGGUUGAAGUAGCUGGUCAUGUAUGGAUUCCAGAUAUAUGGGGUCAAGAGGAAUUACUCAAAGAUUGGAUUGAUUGUAGUGCUUUUGAUGCUUCAUUAAUGAAUAGUAAUAUAAUGUCAGCUCGUACUGCUUUGGUUGAAGAAAGAAGAAGAGCCAAUUCUAGUUGCAGAUUAAGAAUAGAAAAUAGCUGUUGAAAAAGCUUCAAAAGUACUACAACCUUCUCAUUUUCAUAAAGAUGAGUUAUUUUUGGUUUUUAUUUUGCUUUAUUUUUUCAUCUUAAUAAUUGUGUAUUUCUACAUGUUAAUACCUAAAAGGAGUACAUCAUUGAGGACAUUAAUGAUUCGGACACUGAUAUAUAUACUCAGAGGUAGAUCCAGAAUUAAACUUUAUGGGUUCAUCUUCUAUGUUUUUUAGCGUUGAACCUA